AUGGCGACCCUUGAUACUCCGCCCAAGAAGGGCGGCGGCCGCAAACUUCAGAAACGAAAUCCAAACCUCAACCGACUGUCCUCCUCUCGCCUUCCCCCUCGCCUUCGUCUAGGACCCGAUGCUCAAGAUGAUGUGACUGCCCCAAGCAGAGGCAAAAAUACUCCGGCUGCAUACAUGAAUCAGUCCAUAUUUUCCAUGAUAGCGGCAGCUGGGUCACGCACAGAUUUUAACUCGAGAUUCAAUGAUUCGAGCGAGAGCGAAGAUGAGAUUGUCGCGGAGGAGCAAACACCUGCGGCGGACAAACUGUACCCGGCCACUUCAGACCAUGUACAAGAUGUGGCAGCGAAAGAGACGGACGCAUCAAGUGACCAUACAAGUAAGCGAUUAUCGGGGUCCCGUCUGGCACAACCUCUACCCAGGCUGUCCGCAAGAGCUUUGAAACGGAAGGACAAGGACCAGCCUCCCCUACAGAGUCCCAGUCCUGAAAGCGACGGAACAUCAAGAUCUUCCAGGAGUAAUCCGCGGGAUGCUCCCAUCCUGAGCAGAAUACUCACUGCCAAAGCGGAAUUCCAAGAGAGUGUCGAUGCCGAUGUGCAGGUGCCAUCAAGCACAGAAGGCAAGCGGCCAAGAAAGAGGGCCGAGUCUUCACCUCAGACACUUCUAGCUGCCAGGUUGAUGGAGAUCUUUGGAUUUGAACAACCGGAAACUGUUGUGGCGGAAUAUCCAUGCUGGCUGCUACAGAGUGUACUGCUGCAGGGAUAUUUGUAUAUCACCCAACAGCACAUCUGCUUUUACGCCUACCUCCCAAAGAAGUCCCACACUGUCGCUAAGAAUGGGUACCUCGCAAAGAAAGGUCGGUCAACUUCAAAGUAUAAACGAUACUGGUUCUCAUUGAAAGGAGACGUCUUCUCAUAUUACUCUGACCCUUCCAAUCUCUAUUUCCCUUCGGGAAACAUCGAUCUUACGUAUGGGAUCUCUGCCACUCUCUCGACAGAAAGGGGUAAACCAAAAGAAAGCAGAGACUUUUCCGUGAUAACGGAUCAUCGCACGUACCAUUUCCGUGCAGACAGCCCUUCAAGCGCGAAAGAAUGGGUGCAGGCGUUGCAGAAAACCAUCUUUCGCUCCCACAACGAUGGAGAUAGUGUAAAGAUAUCUCUUCCAGUGGACAACAUCAUUGACUUCGAGGACAGUCCCGUUGUCGACUUCGCGGAAACAGUCAAGAUAAGGGUGAUUGAAAGCGAAGACUCUUAUGCUAUCGACGAGGCAAUUUCUAACUAUGCGCAGUAUUUCUUCUCAUUCUUCAGCUUUGGUCAAGAUGUCCUCCACGUCUUAGGAGAGUUGCUCACCGAAGCCCCUCCAAGAAGGACAUCUGCAGAUGUCUUCUCGCCGACAAGACGAGCGGAGGAUGCAUCUAGUCCCAUGAGCAGAUACGCUCUCCCUCGUCAACCGUCUGACGGCGAGCCCAGGAGCCCUAGAUCUCAUUCAACUCCGCCUCUUAAGGACAAUAUCAGAGCAACACUGUUACCCUUUCAUGUUGGCGGUGAUGGCAGAAUGUCUCCAAGGAGGAGUGGAGGCUCUAGUAGAGGAAACAGCCCCUCCCGUUCCAGUGGUGAUUAUGGUCGAGCCAGCUUUGAACGGGGACGCAGAAGCGGAAGCACCUCUCGACUGGACGCGAGCACAUCCAGACGAAAGAAUAGAUCGCCACUUGCAAGGCAUCAUGAAUCUGAAGAUUCAUAUGUGCAGUCCGUCGACAAAGAGACAGAUUCGUCGACGGCACCAUUGUCGCCCAGAGUGGAAGCACAAAUGUCUGCUAGCCAGAUCUUGACGCGCAGUGAUGUGUUUCAUCCUCAUGCUGUCGUUCGAAUGGAGACUUUGGCUUCUAUGUCGACGGAACCUACGCGAAAAUCGUCGGACGGUGGGACAAUUCUUUCUAGUUCACCACAACGGGAGACUUCAUCGCCUAUGGCAAUGCGGGGGACAGCUGAUGCAACCGGAUCAUAUCCUAGGGAUGUUCGAGAAACGACACACAACGAAGUCGUGUUCUCAGAGUCCGACAACGGCAAAAAACCUUUCAAGGAUGACCCGCCACCGUCGCUUCAGGAUCUAGUGAAAGCAGGGUCCUACCCCCUCCAGCGAGCAGGUGCUUUUGCCUACUAUCUCAAAAACCGAUCCGUUUCUAUGAGGAAGUUAUUGGCGGAGGAGUCCAUGUCCUAUUUGGAAAAGGUGUCGGGCAUGUGGGCCGGGCAUAGGAAGCACUACGGUGAAAACGAAGGAAUCGUUCCUGACGACAGAGGUAUCGACCCGGAAGACGAAGAAGCCAAUGUGGGCCACGGGGAUCGGUUUCGUGCGCAUUUUGCUCUCCCUCCCACUGAGAAACUGCAGGCCACGUACUUUGGCUUUCUACACCGCGUGCUCCCCUUGUAUGGCAAGAUCUACAUCAGUAACCGGAAAUUUUGCUUCCGGAGUCUGCUGCCCGGUACACGCACCAAGCUUGUACUGCCAUUGAAGGACAUUGAGAAUGUGGACAAGGAAAAGGGAUUUCGCUUCGGUUAUCAUGGCCUGGUCCUCGUCAUUCGCGGAUAUGAAGAGCUGUUUUUCGAGUUCAGUUCCGCAGAGCAUCGUGAUGACUGCACGAUCACACUUUUACACAGCUUGGAAACUGUCCGAUAUAUGGCAGAGUCUGGGGUACUUGGGCAGCACGAUGAGGACGAUGCCGAGAUUGCUAAACAGGAGCACCGCAUGCUUCAAGAAGCCCGGCGCAACUCGGGCGGUGAGCCUCAGCUGGUGCUGCCUGACACGGCCGAAACGAUUUACAGCCAUGAUGAAGUUUCAGCUGUUCCGUUUGACGACCCUCGUGCAUCCAUCAUCAACUUCCGCCCGACUGCGCCGAUGCGAAUUACAUGUCUCACAAUCGGCUCUCGAGGGGAUGUGCAACCCUACAUUGCUCUGUGCAAAGGGCUGUUGGCUGAAGGACACCGACCCCGAAUUGCGACGCACGCCGAGUUUGGCCCCUGGGUGCAGAAGCACGGCAUCGACUUUCGGCCGGUGGACGGCGACCCGGCAGAAUUGAUGAGGAUUUGCGUCGAGAACGGCAUGUUCACAUACUCGUUUCUACGAGAGGCAUCAGCCAAGUUCCGCAGCUGGAUCGAUCAGCUGCUCACGUCAGCGUGGCAUGCGUGUCAAGACAGUGACCUGCUGAUCGAAUCGCCGAGUGCGAUGGCAGGCAUCCAUAUCGCAGAGGCCCUGGGUAUUCCAUAUUUCCGAGCCUUCACCAUGCCGUGGACUCGGACACGAGCCUAUCCCCACGCAUUCGCCGUACCCGAGCACAAGAUUGGUGGCGCUUACAAUUACUACUCGUACGUCAUGUUUGACAAUGUGUUCUGGAAGGCGAUUGCCGGACAGGUCAAUCGGUGGCGCAAGAAAGAACUGGCACUGCGCAGUACCAACUUGGACAAGAUGCAACCCAACAAGGUGCCCUUCCUGUACAACUUCUCGCCUCAUGUGGUGGUACCGCCGUUGGACUACAGCGAUUGGGUUCGAGUGACUGGAUACUGGUUCUUGGACGAAGCCCAUGACUGGCAGCCGCCCGAGGAACUCACGGCAUUCAUCAAGAAAGCUCGGGAUGACCAGAAGAAGCUGGUGUACAUCGGCUUCGGGUCGAUUGUGGUGUCGGAUCCUGCGGCCCUCACGAAAACCGUGGUUGAUUCGGUGAUGAAGGCAGAUGUGCGAUGCAUCCUGUCCAAGGGCUGGAGCGACCGACUGGGAGAUCCUGCGGCGAUCAAGACGGAAGUCCCGCUGCCGAUGGAGAUCCUCCAGAUCAAGUCUGCACCACAUGACUGGUUGUUUCGGCAAAUGGAUGCGGCGGUCCACCACGGCGGGGCGGGGACCACGGGGGCCAGCUUACGGGCUGGUGUGCCAACGGUGAUCAAACCAUUCUUUGGCGACCAAUUUUUCUUUGGAUCACGCGUGGAGGAUUUGGGGGUGGGUAUAUGCCUGAAGAAGGUCAACGUCAGCUUGUUCUCGCGGGCGUUGUGGGAAGCCACGCAUUCCGAGCGAAUGAUUGUCAAGGCACGAUUGCUCGGCGAGCAAAUCCGGAAGGAGAACGGGGUGCAGACGGCCAUCCAGGCCAUCUAUCGGGACCUCGAGUACGCCCGGUCUUUGAUCAAGCCUCGACCAACAGGCCCCGGGGCGUCGGCGAGCGCGGCAGGCGAUGCGGAUGAUGGGGGCGAGAUUGAAGAGAACUGGACAUUCAUCGGUGAGGAGAGCGACCCAGAUCUACAAAGACGCAUGCACGACUGGGAGUCACCGAGACGGGGUCGAGGGCUUGGCGUCGGUAUAGAGGGAGCAGCAGGCUUACGGGCCAUACAAGGAGUCGAGCCGGUGCGGAGUUCCGGCGUUCAGCGAUGA